GAUUAAUAAUUGAUAAAAUCAUCAUGUGGACGAUGUGUGUGCCUGGCUGGAGCGCGAUGAUGGUGGCGGGCACCCUAUUGCUGUAUGGGACCUUGGACGUGGCAUACUUUGCACGAAUGAUGUACACCGUCGCGAAAGCGAGGUACUUUAGGAAGAAAAUAUGCAUAUUGGAUACCACGGAGGUACAAUCUUGGUGCCUCCUCACCGAUAUAGAUACUUUAUUGUACCACAUGAACAACGCGCGGUACCUGCGCGAGCUGGACUUCGCUCGCGCUGAUUUUUACGAACGGAGUGGUCUUUAUGCUAACAUAAAGGCGGCUGGGGGUUCUGUACUCCAAGCAGCGACCACCAUCCGUUACAGGCGAUAUUUGAAACCUUUCACCAAGUUCACGAUAACAUCUAAGGCAAUUUUUUGGGAUGAAAAGACAUUUUUCAUGGAGCAUGAGUUCAUUGGUCCCGGAGGUUUUGUCCACGCCGUAGCGCUAUGUCGCCAGCGGAUAAUAGAUACUUCAGUUGCUGCCAUUGCCGAGUUACUGCUGCAGUUACAUUGUUCCGGAAGCUGCAAAUCACCUCCUGAGAAGAUGCCUUCUGAGUUGGAACUCUGGGUACAAAGUAAUGAACUGAGUUCAGCCAAGUUGCGGCCUACUGCCUCCGCACUCCCUUCACUCGAACCGCAUCCCCUCAGCUGCGGAGAGAUCAUCCCUAAGGCGGCCGAGUGAAAUCAGCUUAGCCCGAACGUAAACUUACGGUCUCGUAAGCAAAUGUAAGAGAUUACCAGGUUUUCGUUCGGGUUCGUUUUGGCAAGUAACAGAUGAAAAAGUGUCAACGUCAAAAUGACAGAUGACAGCGAGUUUAUCCUUUUUUAAAUUAUUAAUCAAAAUUUGAGUUAAGGUUUUCUUCAAAUUAUUAUUUUAUAUCCAUAAUUUUAAUAUUAAUUAGGAAGCAAUGUUGGUCCUAUAUAUGACUUUCCUUAUAUUAUGACUUUGUAAGUAUGUAAAUAUAAAAGUGGAAUAGGUAAAAAAUCAUUGUAUAGUUUUAAUUUUGAAAAGAUACUAUAUCGUAUAAUGAAUAUAGCUAUUUUAAUAUUUUACCUAUUAAAUAUUAUAUCUUGCCUAAAUG